GACUGAAGGGAACAGAGUGGAGGAUUGAGACACAGCCUAUCAUGGCGGAUAAUUUGGACGAUUUACUUGACGAGGUUGAAGCAAAGUUUUGUCGAAAUACUUCACUGUCAGCUGAGCCUCCCUGUAAUUUUAAAGUAAGCCGAGACAGUUUCAGACAGCGGAGAAAUGAUGAUUCCAGGCACAGGACGAGUGAAGACGAAGCCGGAGCAGACAGCGACACCGAGGCUGCCCUUCAGGAAAUCCUGGAUGAUGAUUACCUGACUGUCGGUUCAGAUAUACCCACUGCAGAGAGGAGCUGCACUAAGACUUCUUCUCCUCAGGCAGCUUCAAAAAAAUGCUGCCCUCUGUUCCUGGGUGGAAGCUCAAUAACAAGGGGUGUUGGAACAAGUAUUUCUCAAAGGGCAUGUGACCAGCUGAGAUGUACAUCUUGCGACUUCCGUGUAGCCGUGUUUGACGAUCAUGAGUGGGACUCUUCCUGUGACUAUCUCUUCUUCAGAAACAACAUGCCAGACCAUAGCAAGUUGCGAGCCAAGCUGAAGAGGAGGCAGGGGGCUCGUGCAUAUGCCUGCCAGUGCAGCUGGCACUCUGUCUUCACGCUGACUGAGCUGAGGCAUAUACCGCAGCUCAAGUGGGUUUGUGGUCAGCACAAAGCUUGAUGAUCUUAUGGACCACACUGCACCAAGCAACUCGGUUUCACCCAAGUACUAAUACACUCUGUGCUUCAGAGAAGAUGCUGGCCAUUUUCUAUUAUUAUUCCAUGCCUGUUAUUAGAGUGUUUGAGAUGGAGAAACCAGAUAUUUAUAGGAUAAGCUACACUUGGUGUUUAAUAUAGGGUCACUUUAUGGUGUCAUUUCCAUUGUAGUUUUUUUUUUCCUGCUGUUAUUUUUCUUUCUUCUGAGAAAUCUGUUUUGAGUUUCACCCUUUAUUGCCGCAUUUAACAUUACAAAUACAUUCAGGUGGCAUCAAAGUAUGGAAAGGUAUAACUGAAUCAUUACUUUAGACCACACUUCCACACCAAACUGAAUUUCUUUCAUGUCACUGAAUAGUUUCUGUUAAGAUGUUUUAGUUGUGAGACUGACAGCAAAAUAUUUGGCACCCUAUGAAGAGAACAUUCUUUAUUCAGACAUUCACCAAACUGUUGAAGUCCUGAGGUCUUCAGAACUGCAUAUAUUCAUGUGUAACACGUUUAAAUAUUUAAACUGUUUGUUUUGCUCCAAUCAAAAGCACAGAGAGCAAACAAUAUAGUGUACAGAGUAAAUAACGAAUAAACAUUAUAUUUUGAACUAACGUAAAUGUGCCGGAUCUCAUUACCAGCACAUUGAGAGAGUAGAAUAAAUAAUAUGCUAGCAGUCUUUGAGAACUUGAUUUAAGGCCUUAAAUGCCUUAGCAUUUGAAGUUCACCAGUUUGCGACGUCGUCAUAGUCACUGCUUGAAGAGGACUCGCAAUUCUCCUCCUCAAUAUCUGGUACAUUUUCAUAUGCUUCGUCCGAUGAUGUGCUGCUGUCAUCUAGGAAGGAAAAGAAUGAGAGUAGUGCAUCAGUUCAUGUCAGACAUGGUAGAUCUUAAACACUAAGAUGUCACUGUCUUAUUAAACCCUAUUUUUUUAUUUUUGUAGUGGAAUAUGAAGUCUUAUCAUGUCAGACUACUGUAUGAAACAAGAACCUGGACUGAGCCAGAUCAUUAAAGGCCUUUCGGCAGAGAUAUUUUGCAUGGCUA